CUCUUGCAUUGUGUAUUGGGACUUGCAAGAGGCAAGAAAAAAAGUUAACCACAGCCCCACAUUUUCUCUGUGCGACAUCACCACACUUUACAUGUCAGCAUUUCUCUGUUUACUUUCAACGGCGCGUAUGGGCAGGGUAACGUGGAUAUGAGCGGCAGCCUUGGGAAUGGACAAGGAGAGACAAAAGAUUUUCCUUCACUUCAUUGGAACUGCUCUACUCUGAAGCUGACGGACUGAGUACAGGAAGCCCCAUGGGAUGCUGAGAAACGCAUUUUUAUAACCAGCUGUUCUGACAGAGGAAGUACAGUGAGCAUAAAUGAGCGGCUGACAGACCUUUGUGCAUGGAAUUCAAUGACUGGGCUGGAAGAUCGUCACUAUCCCUACAUCAUGUCAUCUGACCUCCAGACAUCCACUUCCCCUUUUGCCAACGGGACGAACUUGACAAUGGCGCCCGAUUCUCAGCAGCCUUGUGUCGAUUACAAGGCGCUGCACUGCCCGCUUGCGUUGCUUUACUCCGUCAUUUUUGUUCUGGGUCUGCUUGGGAAUGUGAUGGCUCUGUGGGCUUUGUUCCACGUGCGCUCCAAACGGAACUCGGUGCGAGUUUUCCUCAUCAAUGUGGCAUUCGCCGACCUUCUCCUGGUGGUCUGUCUGCCAUUCAGGAUUCUCUACCAUGGCCGGGGGAACGUCUGGACCUUAGGCCCCACGCUGUGCAACGUGGUGGGCAACUUGUUCUACAUGAACAUGUACAUCAGCAUUACGCUGCUGGGGCUGAUCAGCGUGGAUCGCUACUUGAAGAUCCACCGAGGAACCAAGGCACAGAGCAGGCUGCAGUCCACAAAGUGGAGCACUGCCAUCUGUGCGGCUAUCUGGAUCAUGGCCUUUGGUUUGGCUUCAGCCUUCUUCAUGCGAAAGACUUCAUCGCAGGUGAACAGGUGUUUCCACUACAAACAGCUCAAAGAUGCAAAGUGGAAAGCAUACAUCAACAUUUGCAUGGUGGUAGUCUUCUGGCUGGUGUUCAUCUCCCUGGCAGUGUCCUAUAUGAAGAUUGCCCUCAAGCUUCUGAAGAUAUCACAGAAUAAACCUAACCUGCCCAAUGCUCACCACUAUUCAAGAACCGCGAGGAAAUCCUUCUUCAUCCUGUUCCUCUUCACCAUUUGUUUCGUCCCAUAUCAUGUGAUCAGGGUGUUCUACAUCAAAACCCAAAUUACAGACACUUCCUGCUAUUGGAGGGGUGUGGCCGACCAAGCCAAUGAAUUGGCCCUGCUUUUUUCGGCUCUUAAUACCUGCCUGGAUCCUAUUCUUUUAUUCCUCUUGUUGUCCUCUGUGAGGAAGGAGGUGCGGCGCUUGAUGGGCAACGUGUUUCGUGUACGAGAUACUUCGGUGGGAGUUAGCGGGAGCAGCUCCACGGUGGAAAUGGAAGGGAGAAGUGGGAGGCCUGACAGAGGGCAAGCGAAUGUCCCAGCUUCUUUGAAAUGAAGCAUUUGAUUGGCUUGUUCGGAGUUCAACUGUAGGGUCUACCGAAAGGACUGCACAAUAACAUUUCAGGUGAUAUGCUAGAUGAACCACUAAACUGCCACAGGCACAACUUUCAGAUUUCGUAUAAAUUAAAACAAUAUGCAAAAAUCAGCAGUGCAAUACGAAUCCCUUAACUUUGCCAGGUCCUUUUUCGGUUAUUUUGGUAAUUAUGCCGUCAAAGACAUUAUUUCACGCUUCGUGCGGCCGACUUGAAUCACUUUUUGUUCCAAGGGAGAUAUUUCCUUCUUCCCAGCAGUGAUGAAUGUAGCAGUAAAGUCAGACAAAAAUGGUGUUAACUCCCUGUGAGGUGGCCAUGGAAAGAACAACAAUGGCGAUCCAAAAGCAGACAGUGUUCUUCCAUUAGUCACUGCAAUGCAAUCAGCGAGACGUCUCGUUGAAACGAAACCAAAGUCAAGACGCAGACAUCAAAGCCCACGUUUGAUGAUCAUAAGCUCCAGAACAACUUUUAUAGACAUGAAAGCGUGAGGUUCAACUCUUAAAACAUAAUGUCCGUGCAUUUGUAGCUAUAAAGUACAUGCUUUUUUUUUCUCGCCUCUUGGCUUUACACAGUCUUGUUAGUUUCUCAGUAUAAAUUCCAUGUAUUGGGUGGAGUGACGCAAAACACUAAGUUAGAACAACUGUGCCAUCUAGAGGCUCAUCAACCUGUAGCACUUAACUAGAAGCUGAGCAGAAAGUCCUACACCCAUGACUGCCUAACAUUUUUUUUGUAUGUUUUACUUGUGUGAUGAAAGAAAUAAAGAUUUUUAUACAGUGAA